AUGCCAGAUGGCCUUCUUGAAAUAAAACAUUCUGCUUUUUCCAAUAUUAAAUUUGUCGAAAAUGUUACAAUUCCAACUUCAGUUGAAAUUAUCGAUGAUUAUGUAUUUUUUGGCUGUUCUCUUUUAGAAAAAGUUAUUUUUCCAGUUCAUUCAAAUUUAACUUCAAUCGGAGGUUGGGCAUUUGAUAGUACACGCAUUGGUGCAUUCGCAAUUCCAGAAAAUGUAAUGAAGGUCAGUGGAUGUCUAUUUUAUGACAUCUUUUUAUCUGUACUUGGUAUUACUGAUUCUAAUAAGUACUUAGAAUUAAGCCACGGUAUAAUCUAUUCAAAAAAUGGAAGUAUAUUAUAUCUUAACUAUUAUAAAGAUAAAAAUCCAUUUUAUUAUCUCAACAAUGUCACUACUUUAAGCGACUAUUUAUUUUAUGGAAGUAAUUUAAGAGCAAUGGCAAUUCCAAAUUCAGUGACAACUAUUGGAGACAAUUGUUUUCACAAAUCAGAAAUCAGAACAAUCACAAUUUCAAAUUCUAUUUCAAGCAUUCCUGAUUCUUGUUUUGAAUCUUCCGAUCUUGUAACAAUUACAAUUCCAGAAAAUGUGAAAAGAAUUGGAAACAAAGCUUUUUACGAAUGUAAAAAUCUGAUAAAUGCCACAAUUUUAGGAUCAUUAGAUUAUAUUGGAGUUGAUGUAUUUGAAGACUGUGACAAUCUUGAACUCAUUAUUUUCCCAAAUUCGACGAUGAAUGUAACUUUAACAGAUGCUAUCGUAACGAAUCAGUCUCCAAAACUAAGAUUUUCAUUUAAGUGUAAAAUACUAUUUUCUUCAUUUGCAAUUGGAAGGAUAACAAAUAUUUCAAUAUCUUACCGAAAUGAAUCAAAUCUUAUUAUUAAUCGAGAUGCACUGAUUAUGAAUUUUGAUCAAACCGAAAUAUAUGAAUUUUGGGGGUAUGAUAUCACUAGUAUUUCAAUUCCUAAAUCAGUGCAAACAAUUAAAGAAAGUGCAUUCGAAAAUUCCAUAAUUCGGUUUGUAUCUACUGAACAAGACUCCGAACUUUUAACAAUUGAAAGUUAUGCAUUCAGAAAGAGCAAUAUUGAAUCUAUUAACAUUUUUUCCACACAUUUUGAAUGUUUAGGAUAUUCAGUAUUUCAAUAUUGUAAAAGUUUAACAUCUGUUAGUUUUGAAUCUACUGAUUUUGUUAUUAUGAAAAAUGCAUUUGAUAAUUGUAUUAAUUUGCAAAUUGUUACCAAUAUAAGUAAUGUACCUAGUAACUGUUUUAGCGGGUUCAUUAAAUUGGAUAAAGUUACUAUUGGAGAAGGUUCAACAUCAGUUGGUGUUAAAUCAUUUGAUAAUUGUACUUCAUUACAUAGUGUUUCUAUCCCAUCAUCUAUUCAAAUUAUUUCCGAAAAUGCAUUCCUUAAUUGCAUUAAACUUAAGUUUAUAAUAAUUGAAUAUUCUAACUCUAUUUCUAGUAUUUCUCUUAGUGCAUUUUCAGGAUGUAGAUCUCUUGCGAAUAUAAGUGACUUUUUUUCAGAUAAUUAUGAAUGUAUUGAUAACGUUCUAUACUCUAAAAAUGAAACAGGAAAAUAUCUUAUUUUUCAUUUGAGAAAUUCAACAAAUACAGUUCUUAUUAUUAAUUGUGAUGUAAUCUGUAGUUAUUCAUUUAAUUAUAGUAACAACAUCGAAAAUAUCAGUAUCUCUUCGAAUAGUGUAUCUUUGAUUGAAGAAAAUUCAUUUAACAAAUGUCUUCGAUUAAAAUACAUAAACUUCCCUCUCUCAGUUCAAUAUGUCCAAAACAAUGCAUUCAAUGAUUGUAAAUCAAUCCAAUGUCCUCUCAUUAUUUCCAACACAACUGUUGAAUAUCUUCAAAUGAUUGAAUAUUCCGGAAUAUCUCGAUUUUUGAUGAUUCAAUGUCAUGUUGUUCAUGGAACUCACAAACUACAAUUUAUGAAAAGAAUAUGUUGCAAAUAUGCAAAAGUCCUCUGCUAUCUUACUAAAUAA